CCUUUUUCGAUCAUUAACGUGGAACUUUCGAGCUUCAUAAAGUGUACUUUAAAAGUCUAAAAAGAACACUUUGCAUACCUCUUCUUUAUUUCAAUUAGUAGUCGUGGCUGUGGUUUAUCCACUCAUGAACUCAUUGAUUAAAGUCUUAUCCAACUACUUGGAAUCGGCUAAAUCUCAUCCACUUAUUACGAUUUGUUCCUAUUUCAGGGUGGUAAUCUGAGUCAAUUGUGUGUCCUCUGUUGGAUAAAAGCCAUGAAAACUUUGUAGCUGCAGAUAUUAAAAUCAAUACUUGUAUUAAGCUGACUUGGACUUCAAUCUUAACUUGUUUCCAUUGAUUAUUUAAGGUCCUCUUUGCUGCUUAUCCUACCAUCAACACAGAAAUGGAAUUCGAGGACCGUUAUAGACAAGCUCAGAGGCCUAAAUAUGAUUGCCUUCUUUUCGAUCUUGAUGAUACCCUUUAUCCCCUUAGUUCUGGUAUUUCAAAAGAAUGUGGAAAGAAUAUUAAAGACUAUAUGGUUGAAAAACUGGGGAUAGAAAAGGACAAAAUCGUUGAACUGUCCAACCUGUUGUAUAAGAAUUAUGGGACAACAAUGGCUGGCCUCAGGGCAAUUGGUUAUGACUUUGACUAUGAUGAAUACCACAGUUACGUUCAUGGAAGACUCCCUUAUGACAACUUAAAACCAGAUCCUCAAUUGAGGAGUCUAUUGCUGACCUUGCCUCUAAGAAAAAUUAUCUUCACAAAUGCAGACAAGGUCCAUGCAGCUAAAGCUCUGAUUAAACUCGGACUAGAAGACUGUUUCCAAGGGAUAAUCUGCUUUGAGACACUCAAUCCUACCCAUAAGAAUACAGUUUCUGAUGAUGAAGAUGACAUUGAGUUUCUGGGAUCAGAUGUUGCUACAACUGAUGUCCCGAGCAGCCCUGAAAUUUUUGACAUAAUUGGCCAUUUUGCUGAGCCAAAGCCAGGUCCAAGUGCAACAUUAUUGCCCAAGACACCCAUUGUCUGCAAGCCACAAGAAUCUGCCAUAGAGCUUGCUCUCAAGAUUGCCAAAAUCAACCCUCAGAGAACUUUGUUCUUCGAUGAUAGUGUCCGCAACAUCCAAGCAGGAAAAUGCGUCGGUCUUCACACUGUGCUGGUGGGCACAUCCCAGAGACCUAAAGGAGCAGAUUAUGCGUUAGAAAGCAUUCACAACAUAAAACAGGCAUUACCAGAGCUUUGGGAAACAGACAUGAAAUCUGAAGUCAAUUACUCUGGCCAGGUUACAGUGGAGACACCAGUGACAGCUUAGAUUCCAUGUUAUUUAUUACUUGUUUUAAUAUUUAUGAAGAUGAAAAGCCAUCAUUAGAUGGUCCCCAUUCCUCUCCUUGUUGAGAUGAUCCAGAUGUCUGACUCUCAUCUUCAUUAUAUUAAAUAAUAUUAAUGUAUAAAAUGAAAAGGGUUCCUCCUGUUGCGGAUGGCUUAAUAA